CUAACAGUCACACUGUCUGGUUCUUUGUAAACUGCUUCACAAAGGCUAGGGACCAGGGACUUUAUUGGUGCAUGUUGCACUAAAAUUUUAACAAAAAUGGAAGUGUUUGAAGUGGUAGUUUUGAUGUCGUCGUUUUUGAUCACCAUAUUAGUGAUUGGAGGCAACGUUUUCACAAUCAUCGCAAUUCUGAGGAAGCCAAAACUGAAAACCACGUCCAAUCAAUUCAUCAUGGGACUUGCGUUUGCCGACUUACUCGUUGGAUUUUCAAUCCCGUACGACACAGUGAUGACCGCGUUGCACGGCGACAAACCUAUAGUGACAUACAGUGAAUAUGCUGUAUUCUGUCUCGUUUCUCUAUGCCCGAUUUUCCUGUCUUCGGUUGCCUCCUUUCUGCAUCUAUUUUUGAUUGGGCUAGACAGGUAUUUCGCCAUCACAAAACCUUUGGAGCACAAGACGUUUAUGACAAAAAGGAAAGCUCGGUACGCAGUACUCAUCGCCUUCGGCGUUGCAGGCUUAGGAGCGCUGCCGCCGGUCAUUUGGAACAAUUUUCCCCAAGAAAUAGGAGACGGAUAUGGCUGCGCAACCGUGACAGUCACGAUUUACUAUUUUUAUUUCGUGAUGUUUGGCUCGUACAUAAGCACCUUAUUCCUCAUCAUUUUCAUGUAUGCGAAAAUUGCGCACAUCGCUUCUGCUCGGCUGCGUAGCAACAAGAAACCGCUCAAGAUGUUUGCUACAAUCGUGAGUUGCUACAUGAUCUGCUGGCUGCCCUUCAUGGUUUGCAUGAUGUCAGUUGUUCAUCAUAACCAAUCUGGUGGCUCCAGUGCCAUGUUUAAAGUUUCUCCAGAAAUUCUUGCUAUCACGUACAUUUUGGCCUCCUUCAAUUCGGCCAUGAAUCCAAUAAUUUAUGCUUGGCAAUUGAGAGGGUUCCGCAAUGCUUUCUCUGAGUAUCUUCGAUGCGGCAUUGGUGGUCCCAGCAGCAGCGAGGAAACUACGACUAGUUCAACUCCUCCAAAUGAACUCGAUGUUUAGAGUGAUGAAUGCAAGUUCCAUAUUCCAUAUAGGUUAUGCAGUUAAAUAUUGUUGUUUAUUUGGUGCUUAGACUUUCUAUACAGCGUCAAAUUUGGUUUCAUUUGUCAUGCUCAACAACUAAUGCCAAUGUGUAAUAUAUUAAACCGCAUAUGAUAUUUCAGACUUUAUCAAAAAUUUCGAAAGCGGAUGCUGUCCGACCAAAUAUCCGCUUUGAAUAAGCUAUAAAGCGUUUGGAGGUCAAGGAAAGUUUUUCCAUUUCCGCAAGUAGUCUUGUCAACAUGUCUGAUGAGACUUUGAAACUUGAAUUAAGAAGUUGAAAUAAUAGGAAGUUAAAAUGCAUUUAUUAUCUAAUCAAACGCCCCCUUGCUCACCAUGCGUGUUACUCAUUUUAGUCAGUUUUGGAGAAAAACAGUCCAUUCCAGACUGACGUCGAGGUUUCUGGCCAUCAGUCGAGUAGACUUCACGGCUCGUAGUGUGUGCGGUGGGUGCACGGCCCAAGUCUGCAGUGUGGGCUGGCGCCCUGAACUCACCUCCAAAGACGACUUCGGCUAUUCUAAUUUUUCCAGACGCCAUUGCUCGACUUGGCCUCUUUUGCAUACCCAGUAGUUAUGUGUACAGCUAUUCUCAAAGAAUUAAUGCCAGAGAAUUAUACAAAUUUCUCGCGAAUUUGAUGUAAGGUCCGCACCCAUUGAUGAAUAUUAUGACUUGAAGUUUCCACUCGAGGAAAGUCAUGUAUUAUCUAGCGAGAUGAAAUAAUCGAUCUUGUUCUCGUUAAUUUAGUGUUGAGAUUUUGUUUUUCUCGACAUGAUUCAGCUCAAACUUGCAUGCUAUUCUUGAGAGUAUACAUUUUAUUGAUAAAAUUAUCAUUGUCAUAUAUACGAUAUUGUAAAAAUUAUUGCUAAAAACUGAUUUGUUUACAAAAAAAAUCAAGGAUUGAGCAAAAUAAA